GAAGGAUACUCUCUUUCAGUUUAUCGUAUGCUACUUGAGCGAGCGGAUGCUUGUGACAGUGUGUCGCUUUAUUAACAAAAUUAAGGCUUCAAAAAUUUUCUCGAACUAUCACAUUCGAUUUACGUUUCUUUAUCUUACGAAAUCGUUAUCGCAGAGUGAUUGAGGAUAUACAUACAUAUAUAUAUAUACAUAUAUAUAUAUAAAAACAAAAAAAAAACUAAUUCAAUUGAUUCGUGUAUACAGUGUCGUUAGGAGAACAUCGUACAAAUUCAAGAAAUCAGCCAUGGCUGCUAUGUCCGUGAUCGGGAUCGACUUCGGUAAUGAGAGCUGUUAUGUAGCCGUAGCAAGAGCGGGAGGUAUCGAGACUAUAGCCAAUGAUUAUAGCCUUCGUAACACACCAUCAUGUGUAGCAUUCAGUGGAAAAAAUCGUGUACUUGGUGUAGCAGCAAAAAAUCAAAUGGUAACCAACAUGAAGAAUACCAUUUAUGGAUUCAAGAGGCUUUUAGGUAGAAAGUUUAAUGAUCCCCAAGUACAGCGUGAACUUAAAGGUUUAACAUAUAAAACCUCCCAACAGGCGGAUGGAAGUAUUGGGAUACAUGUACAAUAUUUAGGAGAAGAACAUAUUUUUUCACCAGAACAAAUAACUGCAAUGUUAUUCACAAAAUUGAAGGAUACUUCUGAAACGGCACUUCAGACAGCAGUCAACGACUGUGUCAUAUCUGUUCCAUCUUAUUAUACGCAAAAUGAAAGGCAAGCUUUGCUUGAUGCUGCACGUAUUGCAGGCCUAAAUGUUCUUAGAUUGUUUAACGAAACAACUGCCACUGCUCUAUGCUAUGGUAUUUAUAAACAAGAUUUACCAGCUCCCGAAGCACCACCAAGAAACGUUGUUUUCGUUGAUUGUGGUUAUGCUAGCUUACAAGUAUGUGUUUGUGCUUUUCAUAAAGGAAAACUCAAGAUGUUAUCUAGUGCAGUCGAUAGUAAUUUGGGUGGUAGAGAUAUAGAUAUUAUCUUAGCAGAACAUUUUUGCAAAGAUUUUCUAGCUCGAUAUCGCAUAGAUCCACACACAAAUCCGCGGGCGUACUUAAGGUUACUUGCCGAAGUAGAAAAAUUGAAGAAACAAAUGUCAGCCAAUUCUACUACUCUUCCGCUUAACAUCGAAUGUUUUAUGAAUGAGAUGGAUGUUCAUGGUGAAAUGAAACGAUCAGACAUGGAAACUAUGUGUAGUCAUUUAUUCAAACGUGUUCAAACAACAGUUUUACAAUGUCUAGCAGACUCUAAAUUAAGAAUAUAUGAAAUACAUUCAAUAGAAAUAGCUGGUGGAUCUACUCGUGUCCCUGCAGUGAGACGUGUAAUCGAAGAUUUAUUUGGUCGUUCAGUAUCAACAACAUUGAAUCAAGACGAAGCGGUUUCUCGUGGUUGUGCAUUGCAAUGUGCAAUGCUUAGCCCUGCAGUUAGGGUUCGAGAAUUUUCGGUCACCGAUAUACAACCGUAUCCAUUGAAAUUGACAUGGGAUCCUACUCAAGGAGAAGAAGGAGAAAUGGAAGUGUUUGGACAUAAUCAUCCAAUCCCAUUUUCGAAGAUGCUAACUUUCUAUCGUUCAAAUUCAUUUACGCUUACGGCUAGCUACAAUACGCCUCCAUCAUCAUAUCCUGAAACACAUAUUGGUGUCUUUGUUAUUAAAAAUGUUAAACCAACACCAGAAGGUGAGGCAUCGAAAGUUAAGGUAAAAGUGAGAAUAAAUCUCAAUGGCAUCCUUACUAUUGCAUCGGCAUCGCUCGUGGAGAAACGUGAACCAACGCAACAAGAGAAAGAAGAAGAAGAAAAAUUAUUGCAACAACAACAGCAACAGCAACAGCAACCAAAUAAUAUGGAUGUCGAACAGCAACAACAGGAUAAUAAGAAAGAUAAAUCUGAUCAAGAAGCACAAGCUAAUGAACCGCCAGCACCAGAGGUGAGCAUGGAUAAGACUCGAAGGAACUCAGAUGCUGACAAUACUGGAAGAGGUGUUAGGGGUUCUGCCCCUUCCUGCUCCUCGAGGAUUCUCUCUUGGUUCAGCUCGGGAGAUGAUAAAGGAGAAGAUGCCAAAGGCAAGAAAAAAGUUCCUGUACGUACCGUCGAAUUACCAAUCGAGGCAAAUGUUAAUGGACUAUCUCAAAGAGAGUUAGAUGCGGCCUUAGAAAAAGAGUGUAAAAUGAUUGCUGAAGAUAGACAGGAAAACGAACGUAUAGAUGCACGUAAUGCAUUAGAGGAAUACGUUUACGAUUUACGCAGUAAACUUACCGAUGAUUAUCAAUUGGCAACUUUCGUUACGGAAGGUGACAAAGAUUCACUUAGCCGUACGUUAGAUGAAACUGAAAUUUGGCUUUACGAGGAAGGUGAAGAUUGUCAAAGACAAAUUUAUAUAGAUCGUUUGACACGCUUAAAGGCGCAAGGUGAGCCAAUAAAAGAAAGGAGACGAGAAUUCGAAGGAAGAGGUCAUGCAUUGGAUGACCUAGCAGGUGCAUUACAACUUGCCAAAAAGGGAAUAGAUAACAUUAAGGCUUCCUUUGGAAAGGACGAUAAAUAUUCUCACUUAACGGAUGAUGAGAUAAAGAAGGUUGAGAAAAUAGUUCAAGAGAAAUGGGCUUGGUUGGAAGAAAAACGUGUUGUACUUGCUGGUACUCCACGUACGCAACAGCCACCAGUAACUGUAUCUCAAAUACGUUCGGAAAAACAGGCAUUAGAUAACAUUGUAUUGCCAGUUUUGAAUAAACCUAAACCUAAGGUAGAACCUCCUAAAGAGGAAAAACCAAAGGACAAAACUGCAAAUGAUCAAAAGAGUACUAAUCAGAAUAGCGAGGGCGACGCUCAUCAAAAUAAUCAACCACAAACCGAAGAAGAAAAGAUGGAUGUUGAGUAACAGUCGUCUCGAUUUAUGUUUUUCUAAUAUUAUUAAAUUUACCAAGAUUGAGAAAUGGUGAAUAUUUCAUUAUGAAAUCAUCUUCAUCAUUGUCACACAAGCGCCUGAUAUGACUUAGUUAGACAGCACAUGUUGUUUUUCUAUUUCUGUAUCUGUUUCUCUUUCUCUCUCUCUCUCUCUCUCAGUCUGUCUUUUUCUCUCUUUUUUUCCUCUCUUUCUCUCUCUCUCUCUCUCUCUCUCUCUCUUUUGUUUUAUUUUCCUUUAAUUAUUAUCAAUCUGAUAAACUUUUAGUUCGUUGAGCGAUCGUUUGUUAUUCGGAAGUGAGUGUCUUGGAAAUGCAGAUAAAUAAUACACCCCAGGUGAGAAUAGCUUUAGUAAUUACAUAAUGAAUUAUUCGUACUAUCGUGUCAUUCAUAUAUUGUAAUAUAUAUAUAUAUAUAUAUGUAUGUAUAUAUAUACAUACAUACAAAAUAUAGAUGUAUGCAAAUGUAGUAUAUGUAUACAGGGUAGGAAAUCACUUAAAAUAUUAAAAGUUUAUUAAAUUCAUUAAAUGUAUAAUAAAAAUAAUAUCACCGGUCUUAAAUAAUUCGACUCGGAGAAAUUUUAUUCCACCCUGUAUACAUGUAUCAUCUUUUUCGUACCUUUGUGACAUAUUUUAGGUGAUAUAACAAAUUUAUGAGAGAUUUAUUAUAUAAUUAAUAAAUUUCCAAGACACGAUUUAAUAAAGAAAAUUGCUCUGCCAGUGAGAUACUCAAAAGAGACUUCCUGAGUAUUCUAAUGCCAGUGAAAAUUUCUAAUGCUAAGUUAAAUUAAAAUUAACUAAAUUAAAUUGUGAAGUAGGAAACAUCGCUGGCGAUCUUAUAUAUUUAAAAUAACACAUAUUGUUCAUUCCAUCGUUUUCGAAAGCGGACAGCGAAAAUCUACUGUCACACAAAUUUAUGUUGCAUUUAUGAUACUUAAAUAAAUUAAUGUUUCACUUA